AUGGUGUUCCUGCCUGCAUUUUAUGCAGCACUUCCGCCGUUGCCUCCCACAGAUUGGACGCAAGUCUACGUCUCUCUUCAGGAUGGUGCUCCAUUAGCACAUCCAAUUUUCCACACCUUCCCCUCAAUCCCGACGUGCUGGCAUCCGAAAAGGAUCGACUUAUUAUCACCAGAGAUUGUUAAAUCUGUAUCUCUCAGAGUGCAGCUAGUGAGGUGGCAGUCUCGCCUCGCUAUCAUCAAGUUUGCUAGGUUCGAGUUCGAAAUCUCGUUGGCUCAUUCCGAGACGGUUAUAUAUCAGGAAAUCGAUGGAGAGGGGAUUGGACCUGCUUUCCUCGGGCAUUUGACAGAGAACGAUAGAGUCAUAGGUUUUUUAAUGGAGUAUAUCGAAGGGAGGUUCGCAGGCAUAGACGACCUGGCUGCGUGCCAGACCAUCGUUCGCCGUCCCCAUGCGCUGGAAAUCGUUCACGGGGACCUCAACAGAUACAAUUUCGUCAUCAAGCCCGAUGGCUCCGCCAUAUUAAUCGACUUCGAGUAUUCAAGCUUUGAUGAAACAAAAGAGGAAAUGGAAAAAGAAUUAGGGGGAUUGGCCGACAAAUUGGCGAGUGAGACUGGGUCUGGAGACCCGAUACCUAGACCAAUGGUUGCAGAAGAAGAAUGA